CAAUUUAAAGGUGACGAGUUUUUGGAGCUUUACCAACGUCCUGCUUUUUAAGUGACACCUAAUUCUGAGCUUACCCACCAAGUUCAUCUCCGGAACAUCCUCAUUUGCCGAUUCUGUCUGCUGCUGCAGCCGCUGCUUCAACAGCAUUAUCCGAGUCGUUUUUGUGCCUUCUCAUUCUUUCCGGGUGUUGCGCGUAAAACCUGGAAGACAUUAUUGGGCCCUCCUAGCUGCCGUAUUCUUGCGAGAAUUUCACUGCUCAGGAUAAUGCUCAUCAAGCAAACUCCGUAGCCGUCGAAAAUUGAGGCUGUCCCGUCCUGUGUUGCUUUACUGAUACCGUUGCGAAUUUUGAGAUGGACCGGCGGUGGCCCUGGAAGAAAAAAUCAUCUGAUAAGGCAGUGCUUGAGAAAGCUGCUGCUGCAUUGGACUCUGUUAGUGCUCCUUCCCAGGGCAAUCAGGAUAAUUACAAAAAGCCAAACUAUGUUCAAAUUUCUGUGGAGUCAUAUACACAUCUGACUGGUUUGGAGGAUCAAGUGAAGACGUAUGAGGAAAAAGUUCAGACUCUGGAGGAUGAGAUCAAGGAGCUGGAUGAAAAGCUGUCAGCAGCAAAUUCAGAGAUGACAACCAAGGAAAACCUUGUAAAACAACAUGCAAAAGUAGCUGAAGAAGCUGUCUCUGGAUGGGAAAAGGCUGAAGCAGAAGCUUUGUCAUUGAAGAAUCAUUUAGAAUCUGUUACUCUUGCAAAACUCACUGCAGAGGAUCGUGCGUCGCAUCUAGAUGGUGCUCUUAAAGAGUGCAUGCGACAGAUAAGAAACCUGAAGGAAGAACAUGAAGAGAAAAUACAAGAAGUUGCUCUCUCUAAAACCAAGCAGUUGGACAAGAUUAAGGGGGACCUUGAGGCAAAGAUUGAUAACUUAGAACAGGAACUCCUAAGGUCAGCUGCUGAAAAUGGGGCGCUUUCAAAGUCCUUGCAGGAGCGCUCCAACAUGCUGAUAAAUAUAAGUGAAGAAAAGGCUCAAGCUGAGGCUGAGAUUGAGCUUCUGAAGAGCAACAUAGAAUCAUGCGAAAGAGAAAUCAAUUCGCUUAAAUAUGAACUUCAUCUUGUUUCCAAAGAGCUUGAAAUUCGCAAUGAAGAAAAGAACAUGAGCAUGAGAUCUGCAGAAGCUGCUAACAAGCAGCAUACGGAGGUCAAAAAAAUUGCAAAAUUAGAGGCAGAAUGCCAGAGAUUACGUGGUCUGGUGCAAAAGUUGCCCGGUCCUGCAGCACUUGCACAGAUGAAGCUAGAAGUUGAGAGUCUUGGCCGAGAUUAUGGAGAAAAUCGACUAAGGAAGUCUCCUGCCAAGCCUGCCAGUCCUCACAUGUCUCCUCUGCCUGACUUCUCCUUAGAGAAUGCACAGAAAUUCCAGAAAGAGAAUGAAUUUCUUGCGGAGCGUUUAUUGGUAAUGGAAGAAGAAACUAAGAUGCUCAAGGAAGCUUUGGCUAAACGUAACAGUGAAUUGCAGGCCUCAAGAAGCAUGUGCGCAAAAACCUUACGGAAGCUUCAAAGCUUGGAAGCUCAACAUCAAACAUGUAACCAGCAAAACGGAUCUCCAAAAUCCAUAACCCCGAUUACCCAUGAAAGUAUAUAUAGUCACAGUGCAAGCUAUGCACCAAGUAUAACCUCCAUAUCUGAAGAUGGAAACGAUGAUGCGUUAAGCUGUCCCGAGUCUUGGGCUACAGCAUUAAUCUCUGAGCUCUCCCAAUUUCGAAAGGAAAAGAAGACUGAGAAAUCAAGCAAACCUGAAUCCACUAAUACGUUGGAAUUAAUGGAUGAUUUCCUGGAGGUGGAAAAGUUGGCUCAUCUAUCAAACAAGUCAAAUGGAGAUACCUCUGCCUCAGUUUCUUCGAACAAGACAUCUGAAGUUGUGACCAAUGAUGUAUCACAUAUCAAUAAUGGCAGGGAUGAUUCUUCUGAUAAACAGAUUGUUUCAAAUUCAUUGUCAAAUCCGGAGACUUCUGCUCCAGAGUUAUCAGUACCUCAUUCUGGAUCUGAUGAUGGGUUUUCAUUUACAGAGCUUCAAUCAAGAAUAUUAUCAGUAUUCAAGUCCAUGCCUAAGGAUGCUGAUAAAGGAAGGGUCCUGGAGGAUAUUAAACAUAUUUUGGAGGAUGCACGAGACACUUAUGUCCAGCACCCUUCAGGUUGCAUUUCUCAGGCUGUUCCGCAGCUCCAGCCUUCUGAUUCUCCAUGUGAUAGGCAUGUUAAUCCUGAAGAUGCUGGCCUAAGUGUUGAAGAGGAUUCCACUUCAUCCCAGCAAGCAACAGAAUGUGUGCAGAUAACUUCAAAUAUAGAAGCUGCAAUUUCUCAGAUUCAUGACUUUGUAUUGUUCUUAGGCAGAGAAGCUAUGGCAGUUCGUGACACAUCGUGUAAUGUAGAUGGCAUGAGCCAAAAGAUUGAAUUCUCUGUCACUUUCAAUAAAGUUCUAUGCAGUGAAGCAAGUUUCGCAUUUGUUCUUGACUUGUCUUGUGUUUUAGCCAAAGUGAGUGAGUUCAGAUUUAAUGUCCUUGGCUACAAGUGUACAGAAGCUGAAACUAACAGUCCUGAUUGCAUUGACAAGAUUGCCUUGCCAGAAAAUAAGUUCCUCGAGGGUUCACCGGGAGAGAGAUCUCAAAAUGAUUGUUCUCAUAUUCUAAAUCCUCGUUCUGAUCCUGAGGUUCCUGAUGAUGGAAAUCUUCUCUCAGCCUAUGAACCAAGUGCUACAUUCAAAAAAUUCUCAGUGGAGGAGUUUGAAGAAUUGAAGUUACAGAAAGAGAAGGCAGCAAUGGAUCUGUCAAGAUGCACUGAAAGUCUUGAAAUGACGAAGUCUCAAUUACUGGAAACUGAGCAACUUCUGGCGGAAGCUAAAUCACAAUUGGCUUCUACGGAAAAAUCAAAUAGCUUGGCUGAGACACAGCUGAAGUGUAUGGCAGAGUCAUACAGGUCACUUGAAACACGUGCCCAUGAGUUAGAAACUGAGAUAAUUCAUUUGCGAGCUAAGACUGAAACUCUGGAGAAUGAACUUCAAGAUGAAAAGCGCGGUCAUGAAGAUGCUUUGGCCAAGUGUAAGGAGCUAGAAGAGCAAUUACCAAGGAAUGAGAGUUCAGCAGCUGAUAGUGACCAAAAGAGCAAGCAGGAGAGGGAUUUGGCGGCUGCUGCUGAAAAGCUAGCUGAGUGUCAGGAAACCAUUUAUCUUCUUGGCAAGCAGUUGAAAGCUUUGCAUCCUCAAACAGAGCAAAAUGGAUCUCCAUACAAUGAAAGAAAUGCAAAGGUCGAAGGCUUCCCGGAGUAUGAACCUACAACUAGCAGCCCAAAUUUGCAAGAAUUAGGUCAGGUCGAGUUGGAGAAUGCUACUUCUGCAUAUUUGCAGAAGUUGGGCGGGGGAUCGCCUCUGCACUUCUCCAGCACCGUCUACAAUCCAUCGGACAAUGAAGCAAGCCGUCCAGAUAGAUCGCCGGUGACCUCGAAACAUAGGCCAACGAUGUCAACCUCCUCAUCUGCCUCCUCCACUCCUACACCAGAGAAGCACGCACGAGGCUUUAGUAGAUUCUCAUCGAAGGGAAGGAACGGUCACUAAGCAUGCAGCUCGCAGGCUGUGAUAAUUCAGAUUUAAGACCAUAAGGUGACCA